UAUCAAGUCAAGAUGAGAUUGUUUCAAAUGACUCGAGUGAAUACCAAGCCAUAGAAAGUACAGAGGAUGAUGAUUCUAAUAAUAAUGAAGAUUCAGAUUCCAAAAAAUCAAUAAAAAAAAAGAGCACCUUGCUUUACCACCACAGAGAAUGAGGCCUUAAUCGAUGCAGUUAUUUGCUACUACAAAAUUCUAUUUGGCAAGCUUGGUGGUCCAAAUUUUACAUUUGAGAGAAAAGAGCAGAUCUGGAAAAGAAUUGCUAGAAUGGUGUCCUCGGUUGGCAAAGUUCCCCGUUCUGCGUACGUUUGUAAGAAACGCUAUUCUGACUGUAAGAUUGCUGUCAAAAAGAAACUGUCCAUGAUGCAUUUACACUCUAAAAAAACAGGUGGUGGUCCACUUCAAAUCGAAUUGUGUGAAUGGGAACAAAGGCUUAGGAACAAAAUAUCACUGACUGCUGUAAGGGGAAUCUCAGAAGCCAUUGACACAGAACGUCCUUCCUCAUUGUCAACCUCAUCAGAAAUAAAGACAGAAAUCGGAACCGUAAGCAAUACUACUGGGGAUUGUGAUGAAUCUGAAAAUACUAUUCAAAUGAUUGCAGAUACUCUUGAGAUUCCUGAUACCUCUGAUUCUGAGAAAGAAUACAAUGCUAUUGCCCAUAGCUCCUCAAAAGACCAACAUCGAAACACAAAUAUCCCUGAACCUACCAAUUUUCUUAAAAAAGAAUUAUUGAAGUUGGAAGUAAAUAAGCCUAGUGCAAUACCCACAUCAGAUGAAAUUCAAUAUCUGAUCCAUGCAGCGUUGGAAGUGAAAAAAUUUUUUGUCAGCACUGAAUUUAGCAGUCUCCAAAAGGAAUUGCUGAAAUCUACAAUCUCUGAUUUCGAAAAUAGGGAAAAGGAUCACAGAUUUCCAAGAAUGCAUGCUAAAAUGUCUUGAAAAAAAUUCAGAAAAUCUGAGUCUGAAAGAAAUGAUUUUACAAUAAGAUGUACAGAUGCAUGAGAUAAAUAAAAUUCAAAAAGAGGUUCUACAAAGUGAUGGUGAUCUGGAUGAUUUUACAGGUUCAACAAAUGGAAGCCAUGAAGAGCAAACAUCAAAGACGCUUGAAAAUGAGGAAUCACAGCAACAAGCCAGGCCUUGUUUAAGAAGCCUAGAAUUUUUUUGGAUGAGGAGGAUGACUGAGAAAAAGAUACUUAUUGAACUGGCAAGCUGUUCAGAAUUUUAAAAUCCGUAGCAGGGCUUGAUUGGAUUUAAAAAGUUUUCUUCACAUUGUUAUGGUUUUCUAAGGUUCACAAAUCAUUACAACAUAUUGUUGGCAAACUGAUUUCAAAUUUUGUUUGUUGAAUUCUAAAUUGUUUUUAGAAAUUACAUAUUUUGCAUUGAGUGAUAUUAAAAACAAUCUAAAAUUAGUUGAAACGGAUUUUUAAAUCAGAUACACAAUUAAGCUUGUUUUCACUUGCUGAUGCCCAGUGUGAGACCGUUAUUGUGAGUAAAUGUCAAACUGUCUAGAUAUUUCCACUCAUUGUAUCCACAAAUUGUGUUCUUCAGUAUGACAGAGCCGUUUCAUAUUUCAGGGAAAAAAGUUAUAUUGAAAAAAUAACCCAAAUACCAGU